CUUUGACAAGCCAGCUUACGACGCCACCAGCCCUAUUCUUAGCAUUUUUCUGUCAACCAGAGUCUAGAAUGGGGACCAUAUUGGUCCUGGCUGAAAUUAUUGCAUUGAAAACGGACGCAGACCCGGCCGUAUCAGAAUGUGAGACACGGGGCCGUGCACAGUGAUCGACCAUUCGGCGGGCAUGUUUGAUUAUCGUCACAACAACAACUGUCACACUCUUUGACAUCGUAUUCUUCUUUUAUUUAUUUACCUGACACUCCAUUCCCUCUCACCGCCAUCAAGCGCCGCUCGUUUUGCUGUCCACCUUCUACGCACUCAACAUACGGCUGACUUGCGAUUCUAUCGUUGUCGCUGUGUUUGUUUUUGAUAUUCACUCGAUAAGAGAAGGUCUGGCGAUUGUAUCAGAUGCCAACUUAGCUGUGAGGCACAAUAACCAUUUCAGACCUGAUCUCUAGUUUCCCGUCUGUCUUUCAACAUGCAUGUAUUAAAAUUUCUUCCGUUUCUACUGCCUACCGCGCUAGCUUCAUUAGAGGUUGCGCAGCGAAGUACAACCGCCUGCAACAACUCUCCUAGCCUGUGCAGUAAAACAUAUGGCCAGAUUACUCACCUAGGAGCUCACGACAGCCCCUUCGUGAGAGACUCAACCACGGAUUAUUCAACAUUUGGAAACCAAUACUACAAUACCACAGUCCAGCUAUCCGCAGGCGUACGGUUGGUGACGGGUCAAGUACACAAGAAUAAUAAUGAGUGGCACCUCUGCCAUUCAGGUUGCGAUUACCUUGACGCUGGGACAUUGGAAUCUUGGCUGUCCGAGAUCAAAACCUGGCUUGAUAAUAAUCCUAAUGAGGUGGUGACUGUUCUGCUGGUGAACUCGGAUGAUGCAUCCGCCUCGGACCUCAACACUGUUUUCAAAGCUGCAAACAUCACCUCUUAUGCUUAUACGCCCUCAUCGACAGGUGCUGUUGCCACAUGGCCCACGCUACAGGAACUGAUCAGUUCCGGUACCAGGCUUAUGACUUUUAUCGCUUCCUUGUCGGACAACACCGGGGCUACGUAUCUUAUGGAUGAGUUUACAUAUAUUUGGGAGAACCCCUACGACGUCACAUCGGCCUCGAACUUCUCAUGCAAGCCCGAUCGCCCGAGCGAUGUACAAGGGAACACUGCGGCUGCACUUUCUUCCCACCGACUACCCUUCAUGAAUCAUUUUCUUGACCAGGAGAUCGGAAUUGGAGGAAUUGAGAUCCCAGACGUGGGUGCCAUUUCAACGACCAACGGACAGAACGGGACUGGCAAUCUACUGACUGCAGCCGAUACCUGCAAGAGCGCAUACUCCAACCGACAACCAACUUUUAUCCUGGUUGAUUUCUUCGAUAAGGGCCCUGCUAUCGAUGUUGUGGAUAAGUUGAACAAUGUCACCGAUGCAACUGGCCGCACAGCUGUCCCCAAUACCAAUUCGGCGGACACCUCAGGAACUACCACCAGCGGUGGAACCUUCGUGGGCUUGACCGAUCUCGUAAACGAGGCAAAGACCGGCGCUAACCCGAGCUUAGGCAACUGGAUCUGGGUCGGCGGCGACUGGGUCACCAUCUUCGGCGGCGGCAUCUCCAUCUAG